AUGGUUCCGCAGCAGCAGACGGUGGACGUGGGUCGGCCCGCGCAGCUCAACUGCUCCACCGAGGGCCACCCACAGCUGGCCUUCUCGUGGCUCAAGGACGGCCGCCCGAUCCACACCUCCAGCAGGGUCAGGCUCGUCUCGCCGCAGACGCUGAAAAUAGAUCACGUGGAGAGGACGGACAGAGGCAUGUACCAGUGUUUUGUUUCGAACAACGACGAGACAGCUCAGGGAACAGCUGAAAUAAAACUGGGAGACGCGGCGCCGGUGCUGGUGGCGACGUGGGAGCAGGCGACGCUGCGGCCGGGCGCGCCCUGGGCUGCGGAGUGCGAGGCCGCUGGCUCCCCGCUGCCCGCGCUCUCCUGGUUCCGCGACGGCUCGCCGCUCACCUCCGAGGAGCACCGCGUACAGGUGAGCGUGCAGGCGGGCAGCGCUUCGGUGCGCGGCCGGCUGUCGCUGGCGGCGGUCCGGCCGGAGGACAGCGGCGCCUACGAGUGCGUCGCCAGCAACGCGGUGGGCGCCGCCUCCCACGCCGCCCCCCUGCACGUGCUGGGCCCGCCGCACGUGCGGCCCAUGCCGGACCGCAGGGUCGUCGCCCACACCGACGCCGCCUUCCACUGCCGCGUCACCGGCUACCCCAUCAGCGAGAUACGCUGGGAGAAGGAGGGAAGAUCGCUGCCAGUAAAUCAUCGCCAACUGGUUUUCCCAAAUGGAACAUUGGUGAUUCAGGAAAUUCAGAAACAAGCUGAUGAAGGUGGCUAUGUUUGCAUAGCCACAAAUCCAGAUGGACACACAUCUAGGAGCAAGCUGAAUAUUCAAGUUCUUGAAGCACCUGAAAUUGAACCAAUAGCUGUGAAAUCAGAUUUACAACAGGGAAUGAGAAUGCAUCUUACUUGUGUUGUGAGAAAGGGUGAUCUUCCAAUCAGCAUUCAUUGGAUGAAAGAUGGCAGUGCUAUCCCUCAGGAUCAGGACAUGUCUGCAAAGCCAUAUGAUGAGUACUCCAACAUCCUCAGCUUCACCAGUCUUGCUGUCAGGCAUACUGGGAACUAUACCUGCCAGGCAGCUAACUCUGCUGCUAUAACAAAUUAUACAGUAGAGAUAAUUGUGAAUGAUCCUCCUUCUUGGAGAGUACAGCCUGAUGAUACAGAAACAGUAGCAGACAAAUCCGUUGUGUUACCAUGUGCUGCUGAAGGAUCCCCAUCACCAAGAAUACUGUGGAAGAAAAAUACUGGUGCUGUGCCUCCUCUUUAUCAAGAACUAAGCAGUUUGAUGGAGAACUACAAAAUUAUGCAGAAUGGAAGCCUUGUAAUUUACAACACUCGUCCAGAAGAUUCUGGAUAUUAUAUGUGUCAAGCGUCCAAUGGUGUUGGUGUGGCUCUCAGCAAAGUCAUCUACCUCACAGUUCAUGUCCCAGCAAGAUUUUCUAAACAGUUUCAGAAUGUGACAGCUCCAAAAGGAAGUUCUGCAAUUAUUAACUGUACAGCUGAAGGAGAUACACCUGUCUCUAUCAAAUGGUAUCAUGGAGGUGAGGAGAUUAACACAGAACUUGACUCCAGAAUGACUAUAUCUGAGGAUGAUAUAGAGAAAGGUUCUUCUUCGAUUCUGAUAUUUAAGAAUGUUGACAGAGAGGACACCUCAUUAUUUGUUUGUGUUGCAAAGAAUAAAUAUGGAACAGAUCACUCUGAGAUGUGGCUAGUUGUACAGGAACCCCCUGAAGCACCACUCAGUGUACAUGUCAGCAACUAUUCAAGCCGUACAAUAAAUUUGACAUGGGAGCAACCACACACCGGCAACAGUCCAAUUAUUUCAUACAUAAUUCAGUACAAAAACUCAUCAGUGAGCUGGCAGAAAAAUGUACCUCAGAUUGUGGUUAAUGGAGAAAUGAUGAAUGGUUCCAUUAAAGAUCUGAUGCCUGCUCAUGUGUACCAUAUCAGAAUCUUUGCUGAAAAUUCAAUUGGUAUAUCCAACUCAAGUGAAGUAUUAACUGUAACUACACUGGAGGAAGUUCCAGAAGCCCCACCCAGAGAUGUGAGAGUUACAACAAAAAAUUCUGAGGCACUCGUUGUGACAUGGGAGCCCCCAGAACGUUAUCUCCAGCAUGGUGAUGUAAUGGGAUACUACAUUGGCUACAGACUUGCAAAUUCAACAGAUACAUUUCACUAUGAAACACAUGAAGUGCUCCCUGGAAUGCCACUACGACAUAUACUGACAAAUCUUAAGAAGUAUACACAGUACACUAUUCUUGUUCAAGCAUAUAAUAGAGUUGGUGCUGGUCCCAGAAGCCAAGAGGUCUCAGCAACAACAGAUGAAGAUGUUCCAGAUGCACCACCUACAGAUGUGCAGUGUAGUUCUAUUUCAUCGCAAAGUCUUCUAGUGCUGUGGACACCUCCACCACAAUCACAGGUCAAUGGAAUACUAUUAGGAUACAAAGUGAUCUACAGAUCUCUCAGUGAUCUUAAUGGGGUAUUUAUGCCUUCAGAACAUGUUACAAGAGAUCAAAAGGUGGAACUGAGUAAACUUGAUCACUUCUGCAACUACAGCAUAGAAGUUCGAGCCUUCACAAGUAAAGGUGAUGGUGUGGGCAGCCAACCUAUCAUCUGUGCAACACAAGAGGAUGUACCAGGUGAACCAGAAAAUAUGAAGGUAUUGGUGGCAGACUUAAGAACAAUGCUUGUCUCAUGGUUACCACCACUAUAUCCUAAUGGAAAAAUCAAGCAGUACAGAAUAUACAUGAGAUCAUUAGAUGGAAUGACUCUGGAUGCAGAUCAAUUUGAUAUUCCCAGUGAGCAGACAUACUAUACUAUUUCAUACUUGGAGACACACAACCGAUAUGAGUUCUGGGUAACAGCCUUCACAGCAGUAGGAGAAGGAGCAGAAUCAAGGCAUGUGGUGCAAGCAACAACUGACCAUGCCCCAGCACAAAUUGCUCCAUUUAGCCAGCAUGUUGUUGGAUUUCUACAUGAAGAUUUAAAAUUGUCAUGUCUGGCUGUUGGUCAGCCUGCUCCACAAUACUAUUGGAGGAAGAAUGGGAAUGCUAUACAAGAAGACAGCCGUCUCCAGAUAAUCCAGGGAAAGCUGCUUGUCAUCAGUCCCCUUGAAAGAGCUGAUGCUGGGAAUUACUCCUGUUUAGCAGAAAACAUAUUUGGAAGAGACCAAAUUGCCUAUUUUGUUACAAUCCAUGAGAGUCAAAAUAAAGGAAUUCCACUUGUACCAAGCGAGAUAGAAAUAUCUUCAACAACUGCAUCAAGCAUUGCACUACAGUGGGAGCUUCCACCAGAUGCUGGCCAUGUUCUUGAAGGUCUCUAUCUCUACCACAAGAGAGAAUUUGGCGAAUGGGAAAAGACAAAAUUAAGAGCUCAAGAUUCCAGUUUCAUCCUCAAUAACCUGCAGUGUGGCACGAAGUAUUACUUCUACUUACAAACAUUUAAUCAACUGGGGCAAAGUGAACCAACUUCCACAAUUACUGCAUGCACACAAGGUUCAGCACCAGUUGCUCCAAAAAAUUCUGAUCUCAUAAAAGUUAAUUCCAGUUUCAUAUUGUUAAAUUUAACAUCAUGGGAUGAUGGUGGUUGUCAUAUAACAUCUAUUGUGAUUGAAUACAAAGUAAAGGAUGAAACCAUGUGGACACUUGUAUCCAACAAUGUCAAAACAGAGCAACUUCAAUUUAUUGUCCUGGAUUUAAACCCAGGAACUUGGUAUAACUUACGAGUUACAGCGCAUAACAGUGCUGGCUCAACUGUGGAACACUAUGACUUUGUUACUCUCACACAUUUAGGAGCUACAGUAGCUCCAGAACUCAUAGUAUAUUAUGGAUAUGGAAGAAAACCUUUUUAUAGUGAGAUGGCAGUAAUAGUUCCUGCUGCCACUGGGAUUACAAUUACAAUUGCUGCUGCUGCUAUCCUGUUCGCCUACUUGAAGAAAAAUCAUACCAUAAUGUCCUCUAAUACAUACAGAGAUAAACAUGAAGAUCCUGAGCAGCUGUCAGACUUGGGCAAGAAAGUGUUGCAGGACAGAGCUGACAGCUCAGACUGUGGAAAAAUGUCUCCAAGCUUGCAAGAACCAGUGUACCUGCCAACUCCAGUGCGUGUCUCUCUUGGAUACAGGCAGGACAUCAGUCCCUAUGCCACCUUCCAGGUUCCAGCACCUGGAGGUCCUGACUGUUCUGACUGUGACGAGGAUUUAGAACCACAUGACCGGAAUCAUAAGCUUGCAGACAAGGAUGGAAGCAGCACAGAUUCAACAUACUCCAAAAUUCACAGGAAACUUCAACAUGGAAAUGAAACACCUGAGUGGAUACCCUUACAUAAUUUGUACCAAGCACAUAGGUAUUAAUAACAUCUGCAACUUUUCAGGCAGCCACUAUCAAGUGUUGUGGAGAAAGUUUUCAGUGUAAGCAAGAUGUUAACAGACAGUGGUAAAGAUGGUGAAGCGAGUUAAACUUACCAAGUGCCUUUUCACUAAAGAAAACACUAUUUAUUAGCUCCAGUGUAAAUGUCAGUUUUUAUACAUUUAUAUAAAUGAUUUCAUGUUUCAAAGAGGAGCUGAUUGUAUUCAUA